UUCUGUGGCGUCCCUCCGCGGGAUUGGCCGGCGGCGGCCCGGUCCCGCCUCCUCCGGCCACGCCCCCGCCGCCGCUUUUCCCGCCUCCGCCGCGGCCGAGCGGCGGGUCCCGGUGACAGUUGAGGAUGGCCGGAGCCGAGGGGGCCGCGGGGCGGCCGUCGGAGCUGGAGCCGGUCGUCUCGUUGGUCGAUGUUCUCGAGGAGGACGAGGAGCUGGAGAACGAGGCCUGCGCCGUGCUGGGCGGGAGCGACUCGGAGAAGUGCUCCUACUCGCAGGGCUCUGUCAAGAGGCAAGCCCUGUAUGCCUGUAGCACCUGUACCCCCGAAGGAGAAGAACCUGCAGGAAUUUGCCUGGCUUGCAGUUACGAAUGCCACGGGAGUCACAAACUCUUUGAGCUCUACACAAAAAGGAAUUUUCGUUGUGAUUGUGGAAACAGCAAAUUUAAAAAUCUGGAAUGCAAAUUAUUUCCUGAGAAGGCGAAGGUGAAUUCUGGCAACAAGUACAACGACAACUUCUUUGGACUGUACUGCACCUGCAAGAGGCCUUACCCCGACCCUGAGGACGAGAUCCCGGACGAGAUGAUCCAGUGCGUGGUCUGUGAAGACUGGUUCCACGGCAGGCACCUUGGCGCGGCCCCGCCCGAGAGCGGGGAUUUCCAGGAGAUGGUGUGCCAGGGCUGCAUGAGGCGCUGCUCCUUCCUCUGGGCCUACGCGCCACAGCUGGCAGUGAGCAGAGUAGCGGCAGAGGAGGAGGGGCUGGCGUCAGGUGAGCAGGAAGUCACCACACCUGAAAACGGAGCUCGCCAGGAUGAGACCCGCAAAGAGGAGACUGCGGGUCACGGGAAAGACGCAGGGAAGGAGGUUAAAGCAGAGCGGACUAACGAGCCACGCGCCGGCUCCAGCUCAGAGUCGGGCCUCCAGACAGCACUGACGCAGCAUGUCCACCCCGAGGCCCCGGCCCCGGCCGGCUGCAGACUCCGGGACCUUCAAGCCCAGCGGCCGGCGCAGAGGGACACUGCCACCUACUGGCCCCCCAACUGGCGGAGCAAGUUAUGUGCCUGCAAGGACUGUCUGAAGAUGUACAGCGGCCUAGACGUGCUGUUCCUCACGGACGAGUAUGACACGGUCCUGGCGUACGAGAACAAGGGCAAGGUGGACCAGGCCGCCGAGCAGAGGGACCCGCUGAUGGACACCCUGAGCAGCAUGAACAGGGUCCAGCAAGUGGAGCUGAUUUGCGAGUACAAUGACCUGAAGACGGAACUGAAGGACUAUCUCAAGAGAUUUGCUGACGAGGGCACGGUGGUCAAGAGAGAGGACAUCCAGCAGUUCUUCGAGGAGUUCCAGUCCAAGAAGCGGCGGCGGGUGGACGGGCUGCAGUACUACUGCAGCUAGGGCGCCCGCGCCUGCCCCCGGCCGGGGACCUGCCCGGGCAGCUCUGGGAAUAAAAGAGGCGCUUACACAGCCGGCCUCCCUCCGGAGAGUCUCUGCCCCCCACCCCGCUCCUUCCCUCAGCCGCACCGCCCCCUGCCCCGACUGUAACUCACUCCCGGGCCCACCCGCCCCCAGCCCACCCCAGGGCAUUUGCAUAUUUGUUCUAAGAAGAUUGAUUUGGUGUUGGA